UUCGCACUUUUAAAAACUUUUAUUAUUUGAAAAUAAAAAUAAAAAAAACUGUUAUUAUUAACAGAGAAAAAUAUUUUAAAAAAUAAUAAAUAUAUUCAAAAAGAUGUUCCAACUUAUACUAACAUUUUCAAAUACAUUGAUAAUGGCAACCCAUAAAUAGUUUACAUCGAAUUCCUUUCCGAACCAUUCCAAUCUUAUUGAAAAUAUUACCAACCCUACACAUUUUACUUCACAACAGCAACACUGGUUUAAAAUAUAUUUGUUAUGACGUCAUUCCCAAUUCGUUCAGUAAAUGUGGUUGCAUUUUAUUGUUUCUCUCCAUUUUCGGCGUCACUAAUAAAAAUAUAUUACCAAAACGAUAAAAAUAUAUAGAAAUGGCAGGAACAUCACAAAAAUAUAGAAAUUUUGUUGCUGAACCCAUGGGUGAAAAGUCGGUGACAGAGUUGGCUGGAAUUGGAGAGACGCUUGGAGGACGUCUUAUUGAGGCGGGAUUUGAUAAGGCUUAUACCGUAUUAGGUCAAUAUUUGAUAUUAAAAAAGGAUGAAGAAUUGUUUAAAGACUGGAUGAAGGAAGUAUGUAAUGCGAGCUCAAAGCAGGCAUCGGAUUGCUACAACUGCCUGAACGAUUGGUGUGAAGAGUUCCUGUAAAGAAUCCGUAAUAGCUUUGUCACGCUAUUUUAAUUAUUUAUAAUAAUUUUGCGUUAGCGUGAAAAUAUUAGUAUUUAAACAAUUUUUGUAUGAAUAUAAUUUUUAUAAGAAACAUCUAAAUGUAAUUUAUAACAAAAAAGAAAUAUCGUAACUAACUUAAGAUGUACAAAAAGAUAAAACUAAGGAUUUUCUCAAAUAAUACAUUUUAAUGGUAAAUAGUGCAAUUGUUUUUGCAUCGAAUAAAUGUUCAAAAGGUAUAAUAUAUAAAUAAAGGAAAUCAAGAUAAAAUUAUUCACAUUA